UAGUGAUAAAUCGUUUCUUGCAAACUAGUCGGAAUUCAACUUUGGAAAAUUUCUGGAGUGAUUUCAAACACAUCUUAUUACUCAACUGUAAAGAUUUUACCAAAGUUAGAGGCCCUCCUCCUAAGGAAUGGAUAUCCCUGGCUACAGAAUCCUAAAUAGCGGAACUAAAAAACCAAAAGCCAUAAAGAUAAGGAUUUAUGGAAAACUAUACAGAGACUUCUAAGAUCUAUAUUAUAUAAAUCAGUAUCAUAUUAUGUCAUCUUCCAACUCCAAAUUUAUCCAUUCUUACAUAACGACCGAAUAUAAUCUGCCAUCGCGAAUCCAAAAACGCAAAAUUCAACUCAAAAUGACAACAGGAAAUUCUUCGUCUACCACAGAUGCGGGUGGACAUCAAACAACGAAUAUUGCUAAGGGGAAAGUUAAAUAUAAACCCAAAAUUGAUUCGUAUGCUUCACUGAAUUUCAAUUCCAACAACAACAAUGAUCGCAAUACCAUUUCAGGCCACCUAGGCCAAACGGGGGACAAUCCCAAUUUUCAAGAUGAAAAUGGGGAAGAAUUUGAAGGCAUAAUCAACCAAAUAAAUGGUCCGCUAAAUGGAAAUGAACCUAUCGAUGAUGCCGAUAACGAACAAGAGCUGAACUUAAAAUACGGCGCGAAACACGUUAUAUCAACCUUUAAGCCCGUCGUUUAUUGCAUGUUGCUGGUCGUUAUUUCUCUCUCCUGGCUGCCUUAUUACAAAAUCCAGGAUAAUUACAUGAUAUACACACCUUUUCACGAAAAGACGAAUGAUAUAGGAACCAAAGUGUGGCAAUCGGUUGCCAAUUCAGCUAUUUUUAUCAGUGUUAUCAUAGCCGUGACUUGUUUGUUCGUGUUCCUUUACAAGUAUCGAUGCAUGAAGAUUAUUACAGGGUGGCUUUUGUUUGCAUCCGUAAUCCUGAUGUUUGUUUAUUUUGGAAUUCAUUUGGAGCAAAUAUUUUCCACCCUAAACUUGCCUCUCGAUUACGUGACAGCGUCUCUCGUAAUUUUCAACUACGCCAUCCUGGGCCUAUUAGUAGUGCACUGGAAGGGCCCACUUAGAUUACACCAAGCCUAUCUCAUCAUUAAUAGCUCUCUAUUCGCUCUCACACUCAUAAAAUACUUACCCGAUUGGACUACUUGGGUUCUUUUGGCUUUCCUUUCUAUUUGGGAUAUGGUAGCAGUAUUAUGCCCCAAAGGACCUUUAAGGGCAUUAGUUGAAACAGCUCAAGAGAGAAACGAUUAUUUUCCUUCAAUCAUAUAUUCGUCUACUAUGGUAUGGAUGAUGACAUCGAAAGAGGGAAAGACGUCUCAAAAUAAUCUUGUAUCUACAUCGGGUUCUCGUAAUUCUUAUCAGCUAUUUACCGGAGAAGUCGAGGCAGCCCUAAAUAACCAAGAAAACACUACGGUUGAUAUAUUGGUCGCUUCUGUUAGUGAUAAUAAUAAUGACUUAAUAAAUGUCGAUCAUAAUUAUGAUAACGUUGAGACGGUAGUAGUCAGAAGACCCCUCCAGAAAAAGGUUGUUAACAAAUGGAAUCCAGAGAACGAAGAUGAUAGAGGAGUAAAGAUAGGAUUAGGUGAUUUGGUUUUUUAUAGUGUCUUAGUUGGAAAGGCUUCUUCUUAUGGAGAUUGGAACACAACAAUUACAUGCUUUAUAGCCAUUUUAAUAGGACUUUGUUUGACACUCAUACUUUUAGCCAUCUUUAAAAUGCCCCUACCAGCUCUUCCUAUAUCAAUAUUUUUCGGGUUGAUCUUUUAUUUUUCAACCAGUACUAUAAUCACUCCUUUCCUCGACGCAUUAUCUAAAGAUAACUUAUUUAUAUGACCAAUUAUUAUAUCAUUUUUUAUGUGAAAUAAUGUUAUAAUUUUAUAUUUAAUUUUCUAUAUGUAAUGUUACUCCUGAAUCAACUUCAAACUAAUUUAUUUUAUGUUUUUAAAAAACUUUUUGAACGUAUAAAUAUGAAUCAUAAAAAAACAUACACUAAAUUUUAUACUUAU